AUGAUGAAUCGCUCCCUUCUCCGCGCAGCUGUGCGCUCAAUCCAGGCUGGUCCUACCUCCGUGGCAGGCCGCCGAUAUGCCUCUUCGGCCGUCUUCAAUUGGGAAGAUCCCCUCGCCGCCGCCGAGUUGUACACAGAGGAGGAAUUGGCUAUUCAAGAAACAGCACGCCAAUACUGCCAGGAUAAGCUGGCCCCCCGGGUCUUGGAGGCCUACCGCAACGAAGACUACGACCGUCGAAUUCUACUCGAGAUGGGUGAGCUGGGCCUUCUCGGUGCUUCAAUUGAAGGUUACGGGUGCGCCGGUGUGAGCACCGUGGCAUCGGGUCUCAUCACUAAGGAAGUCGAGCGCGUGGACUCGGGAUACCGAUCGGGUAUGUCAGUUCAGAGCUCGCUGGCCAUGACCGGUAUCUACGAGUUCGGCACAGAAGAACAAAAGCAGCGUUUCCUCCCAGAUCUCGCCAAGGGCACACUCUCCGGUUGCUUCGGAUUGACCGAGCCCAACCACGGCUCCGACCCUGGCUCCAUGGAGACCGUGGCUCGCGAGCACCCCACACAGAAGGGCGUCUACCUGCUUUCUGGCAGCAAGACUUGGAUCACCAACUCCCCCAUCUCGGAUAUUGCGCUCGUGUGGGCUAAGCUCGAGUCCACCGGCAAGAUCCGCGGAUUCAUCGUGGAGCGCUCGCGAGCCACACCAGGCACCUACGAGACCCCCGCUAUUAAGAAUAAGAGUGCCCUGCGUGCUUCCAUCACUGGCAUGAUCCAGAUGGACAACUGCCCCGUGCCCGCGGAGAAUAUGUUGCCCGAUGUUGAGGGCCUCAAGGGUCCCUUCACUUGCUUGAACAGCGCCCGUUUGGGAAUUGCCUUCGGCGCUAUGGGUGCCCUGGAGGACUGCCUUGCCCGUGCCCGCGAGUACAGCUUGGACCGCAAGCAAUUCAAGGGUAACCCACUUGCCAAGUACCAGCUUAUUCAGAUGAAGCUGGCUAACGCUGCUACUGAUGCUGCUUACGGAACUUUGGCUGCUGUUCAGGUGGCCCGUCUUAAGGAUGCUGGCAAGGCCACACCCGAGAUGAUCUCGAUGAUCAAGCGCCAGAACUGUGAUCGUGCGCUGGCUAACUCUAGAACUCUGCAAGAAAUCUUCGGUGGCAACGCCGCCAGCGACGAGUAUCACAUUGCCCGUCAUGUGGCCAACUUGUUUGUGGUGCAGACCUACGAGGGUCAGAGCGAUAUUCAUGCAUUGAUUCUGGGCCGUGCCAUUACAGGCAAGCAGGCCUUUGUCUAA